AGCCUGGCUUGGAGAAUUUUGAGCAUUACUUUACUAGCGUGUGAGAUGAGUCAUGUAAACGCAAAUAGAAAAAAGUAGUAACGAUGAACUUUUCAAUGUUGGGUUUUACUUCUUGUAAAAUGUUGGAAAUCCGUUAUCCAGGAGCAAAGGAUGUUGUGAGGGCAGUAAACCACCUAUCUUGAGCCCUUGUGUCUCCAAAAAUGGUGUAUCAAAGCUAGCCAGCCCCUUCCACCCAGGAUUUCCAAUCAGGUGGGCCCAAGGACCCUCACCUCUUGCUCACAGGGUAGCCUUUGGCUGGUUUGUCUUGGCAUCUUGUGACUCUUCCCUCUCCUGACUUCCUUUCCUCUUUCUAGGCUCCUCCUCUCCUGCCUCAUUGGUGUUGACCAAAUGCCAUGAUUUAUAGCUGCUAUUCUCACCCAUAACUAGUCUGCCCAGAGUGAGAGGUGAUAAGUGAGCUGUCUCUAUUUUGAAGAAUUUUGUUGUUUCUGAUCUGACCUAGAGAGGGAUCUUGGGGUCAACAUCUGAAGGGGUUCUCUAUCACAUAGGGACUACAACGAGUAGCACAUAUUCUAAAUUACGAAUUAAAGAUUCAGUAAGUGAAGAUCGUGAUUUGAGGAAUGACCUGGAGAAGAAAAACUACGUGCAGAUCCCUUCAGUACUACAAGCUAGUUAGUUGACAUUGAGUACAUCACUUCAUCUCUCUUGACUUCCAUAGAAGGAGCUGGAAAGGUCCCCAACUGUGGGCUAAGAGCUGGUUACAUCAUAAUCACCUGGAACCACUGUUAAAGAUUCAUGUUCCCACAGUUUGCUACAGUUCUGUAUCAGUCUGCCGGAUGGGAAUGUAGGUAUGUUUUCUUAGCAAACAGCCUAGAUGAUUGUGAUGGGCACCGGGGCUUGGGAACCACUGUAGUAGGUGAUCUCUUCUUAUGCUAAGAGAUCACUGAGCCUGCUGUUGCAUUAGCCAGGUUUGGGUAGAGCUGGAGCUGGUGGGGGUGAGGGACUGCCAGACCUCUCCCAGGGAGUGUGUUUGGAGGGCCCCAGGGAAUCUGCAGAAGAGAAGGAAGGUCAUCAGCUUUCACGCAUGUCACAGGUUCUCUGCUGUCUGUCUUCAGUUCCUAGCACAGGAAGGCAGCAGGCAGCAGGGCUCCACUGGCCUAAACCAUAGUUUUCUGAUGACCCAGAGGUUCUAAAAGUAGAGAAGAGUUCCAAAUCCUGUUCCUGGCUUUUGUGGGGGUGGAGAAAAGCAGAGUGCCCAGGAAGAGGUUGUUAGAAGCAACAAAGUGGUAAUUUCUUCCCCAGGGUGAGGAACGUUUUCCCCCGUCCCUGCCUCUAGGUGCAGUGGUGCAGUCUGUUACCUUGGAUACCAGCUAACACUUCCCGACACGCCAAGCUUCACUGCUGCUUGGAGGAACUAGAAGCGGGAACCAGGAAAAACAGUCCUGGGAUGACCAGGGCCCUUCUCCCAGAGUUGGAGAAAUAGAGAAAUGCAGGUGCCGUUUCCUGAGGACCUGUUUGCAUGUUCUCUUCCCCUCCUGUGACCAGUCUCCCGAGGAAAAUAAGCACUGGAUGUUUUUACAAUGGCCACACAAAUUAGUGAUGUCUUCCAUGGUCAAGACAGUGCAUUUCUGGAAAAUCACUGCAUGAGGAGAAGCAAUGACAGAGAUCCACAGAAGCAGUUGAACCAGAAGAAUAUCAACAAACUUGGCCAAAAGCUAGACAAUGGACUCCUGGUUACGCAUGUUAACCAGACACAGGACUUACUGAGGCUGCAGGGGGAUGAGACCCAGCCUUCAGUCUGGGAGAAUUCAGAAGAUUGGCUUUCAGCGCACAGUUUAAAGUCUAAGAAACUCACUUUGGCUGACCUGCUAUGCCAGGGCACAGCCGUGCUGGAGGAAGCCAGCAGUGUGAAGAAGAAAACGCACUUCCCCACCCAGACCGUCCACCAAUUUGAAGCCAAGCUUUCUGAAGCUAUUGAACUCUAUCAACAGAGAAUUCAGUGGCUCACAGAAAACAGCAAGAAGGCAUUUGGCCUCAUCAAGGGGGCCAGAGUCGGCAUUCUCAUUGACGUGGCAGCUGUCAGCGAUGACCCUCAGAAAGAGGAGUUCCAAAAUGACCUCAUGAACCUCAUUGACGAGCAGCUGAGCCACAAAGAGAAGCUGUACAUCCUGUCCUUUGGUGCCACCACCAGCGCCCUCUGGCCCAACCCGACAGAAGUCAGCACCUCCAGUCUCCAGGAACUCAAGCUUUGGGUGCAAAAGCUGAAGCCGGACAGAGGCAGCAAUCUGCUACAAGCCCUGAAGAAAGUCUUUGUUCUGAAGGGGCUGAAUUCUCUGGUGACCAUCAUGGGAAGCUGCCCAGAUCAGCCUUCUGAAAUCCUGUCCGAUUACAUCCAACAGUCUACCAUGGGAAGGGACCUCAUUACCCACAUCAUCACCUACAAAUGCAAUGAUCAGGUGCCACCUGCUGUUCUGAAGAACCUUGUAGAAGCUUUUGGGGGCUACUAUCACUGCUACAGCCCAGAGACAGAGGUCUGCAGCAGCCGAGAGGUGGAUGAGCUCCUGGCAGAAAUCCAAAAGGCCCAGAGCCUCCGGGACCAUGUGCAAGCCCUGCACCCCAACGCCCUCUGUGAGAAGCCCACCGGCAUGAUGCAGGAGAUUUCCACAGAGGUUGCAAAGAGUUCACUCAUGAGUCUCUUGCCUAAACCCCCAAAACAUGAGGAUCCCCUCAUGAUUGAGUUCCCAAACUUGGACAUGACUUCUGCAGAAUGGCUAAAGACCAAUAGCCUGAAAGCCAAGAAGCUAAGCCUUUAUCAGGUUCUGGCACCCAAUGCAUUCUCUCCUGUGGAGGAAUAUGUGCCUAUUCUCCGGAAAACAGUAUCAUCAACUAUCCAUGAGAAGGCAAUGGUGCAAUUUGAAUGGCAUGACGGGACAGUGAAGAAUAUUCAUGUGGACUUGCCCUUCCUGUACGAGUACCAGAAACAGCUCAGCAGAGCGAUGCGGAUGUAUGAGAGACGGAUCGAGUGGCUCUCCUUGGCCAGCAGAAGAAUCUGGGGCACCGUAUGUGAAAAAAGGGUGGUUAUACUGCUCGAUAUCUCCGUGACCAAUUCCAUGUACAUUAUUCAUAUCCAGCACUCCCUGCGACGCCUGCUGGAGGAGCAGCUGUCCAACAAGGACUGCUUCAACAUCAUCGCGUUCGGAAGCACCAUCGAAAGCUGGAGGCCUGAGAUGGUUGCCGCCAGCCACAGCAACUUACAAAGCGCCUGGCGGUGGGUCCUGAGCCUGCAAUGUCAGGGCAGCAGGAACGUCCUCAGCGCCCUGCGGAAGGCUGUGGAGGUGGACUUCAAGGACAAAGAAGAACAGCAGUCACAGGGCAUCUACCUCUUCACGGGGGGCAUCCCUGACCAGGACAUGGCCAUGCUCAGCGCCUACAUGGCCGAGGCCUGCGGGGGCUGUGACUUCCAUCUGAACGUGUGUCUCUUCUAUGUGGGUGAGUCACCACAGACGGACACCAUGCCCCCUGCCUGCUAUGCCAGCCGCACGGACACGGCCGCCGCCUACAGGGAGGUCACCCGGGCUGCUGGUGGGCGCUUCCACUGGUUUGGAGACACAGGUAUUUACGAAAGUGAUGAUAUCAAUGCCAUCACGUCUGAGAUGGAAAAGGCUCUCAACUACUCCCAAAAGUGUGCCUUACUCGUGUCCUCCCUGAAGAACCAGUCUGGAAAAGAACAGCAAAGCGUGGCCCUCCUGAAAGAGAAGUCGAAUGUGCUCAAGCCGAGAAGCCAGCCCAGGAAGUUCUGUCCUUCCAAGCCCACAGCACCCUCCGUGGCCAGAAUGAGCGUUAAAGAUGACCCUGACAGAGACAAGAGGCCCCCCUUGAAAGCUUUGCCAUGGCGUCCACUCAGUGGCAAAGCAGGCAUCCCCCCAGCUGCAGCCCCGCCCGUGAAGAAAAGGACUGCCGAGCGGAGGAAGAAGACCCAAUCAAGAGAUGCAGAAAUAGCUCUCUCGCUGUUCUACACAGAGACAGGGAAUAACGUGGGCUCAGUAUACAAGAAGUACCCUCAAGGAAGGGGCCUAAGAAGGACUAGAUCGUCUAUUGAGUUGCCCAGAAAGGAUACAGUCUGCUCCAGCCAAGAGUGGGUAGCAAAUUAUGGGCUAAAGAAACUAAAGAUGGAGGUCUCCAGAUACUUUGGUCCCAACUGCACUCAUCAAAAAUCAGUACAGACGUCGGCAUCAGCCAAAUACUGCAGUGUCUUCCCCAGCAUAGAGAUCAAUGGGACAGUGAGACACAUUGAGUGCACCCCCAGGGAAAUAGAGGAGUACAUCGCACACCUGGACAAGCUGAUGCGCCGCUACGUCCAGAGGCUGCAGUGGAUGCUGUCCGGCAGCCGCCGACUGUUCGGUGUCAUUUUGGAGAGCAAAGUGUGCGUCCUGCUGGACACGUCGGGAUCCAUGGGCCCCUACCUGCAGCAGGUGAAGACGGAGCUUACCCUGCUGAUAUGGGAACAGCUGCGGAAGCACUGUGACAGUUUUAACCUGCUCAGCUUUGCAGAGGGCCUACAGCCGUGGCAGGACACUCUGGUGGAGACCACAGACGCAGCUUGUCACAAGGCCAUGCAGUGGGUGACCUGCCUGCAUGCUCAGGGGAGCACCUCGGUCUUACAAGCACUGCUGAAAGCUUUCAGUUUUCCUGAUGUAGAAGGACUAUACCUCCUGACCGACGGGAAGCCGGACACAAGCUGCAGCCUUAUUCUCAGUGAGGUCCAGAGACUCAAGGAGAAGAGAGACAUCAAAGUGCACACCAUCUCCCCAGACUGCUCUUGCAGGACUGCGGCUAGCUUCUUGAGAGACCUGGCCGCCCUCACCGGGGGGCGCUAUCACUGCCCUGUUGGUGAGGACUCGCUUCUCGAAAUGCAGGGCCUGCUGACCAGGGGCUUCAUCCACCAAAGGGAUCCUGCACUGCCACUAUUUGAAGGAGAUGAUUUAAGGAGACUGGCGCAGGAGAUCACCAAGGCCAGAGGCUUCCUCUGGCAGGCCCAAUCCAUCAGGUCCCAACUCCAGAAGAAAAACAACCCAGAACUGAAGGUCACUCUUUUUUAGAGAAGCGUUCUCAGAAAGGCCAUCCUACAAAGAACCACAUCUUGCUGUGAGCACAGAGUGCUCUGGAAAGCUGUAACCCUCAGAUCAGCAUCAUCAGGCACCAGGACUCCCUGGAAGCUGCAAGAGGAAAGCUGUCUAUCCCUGGGUCCACCCUAAUGUUCCUGCCUUGUCCCCAACACACCCUGCACUUCAGUCACAAGAUUGUUCCUUGCCGGAAGUCCUGCACCAAGCCCCCUGUUUGGAGCAUCCUUCUGCCACCCUCUGCCUGGUGACUCCUUCUCAUGCAUCAAGGCACAGUGCAAAUGGCAUCAGGUUCUCUGUGAAGAUGCCCCUGGGAUCUAUCAAGAGCUGGGAGCCUCCAGCGUCCCCCCAUAGCAUUCUGACCCCUCGUCUCUCCUUAUAGCGGUGGCAUUUACUACACUUAGCACGCCACAUCAUGCUUCCUGGCUUCUUCGUCUCUUCUCCCUGACCAUGAGCUCCCCCAGGACGAGGCUGGUGUCCCAACCAUCUCUGGGUCCCCAGAACCUGCCAUGUGGCAGACACGUGGUACACUGUGAGCUCGCAGCUUAGUUAUGAGAGCCCCGCUCUGGAGACCAGCCAGAUGGGAUCGUUUCGGCCCCAAUCCUCUUACUCUGUGCUUUCCCACCACCUUAGUCCAUGGGUGCAACACAGACUCAGCAUCAGCCCAUCCUGGAGGAAGAAGAAAUAAAUGAGUCUCACCACCACCCCCAACCCCUGCUCAACCAAACUGGACUGCAGUCUGCUCUGGAGCCCAAUCCAGAGCAAAUGCUUGGCUCAAGCUUGUGAAAACUGGGCUGGAUCUGCUGGGCCAGCCCCACUGUGUACACACGAAAUGAAUGUGUCAUGUAUUACAUCACUGGGGGUCAUUUCUAAGACACGAAAAAUUGCUUUUAUUUAAUUAAUAGGAUCAAAGGUACUUUUAAACUGAUGUGAUCAUUGUGGUGUGUGUCUGUGUGUAAAUUUUUGGUGAGAUAAACUUUAUUAAAAGAUUCAUCUAUGCUUUAACUAUUUUUUACAAAAAGGUGGUAUAUGAGCUUUUCUAUGUAGCUAUGUUUAUUUUAUUUGCAUCUUUAAAAAAACUGUGAUCAUGGUCUUUCUAGUAUUUUUUAUACUUUUAGCUCUUAUAUCAUGUAACACCUAACUUAUUUUAGA